AGCAACUGUCAUUCUCAAAGAAUCAACAACAACACCUGGUAUACGAGGGAGAUCAAAUAUGAAGAAACACAAGCAACUGCUAAAUUUUUGACACUGAUCAACCAUGAAGGCUCUGUCGUCUGCCGCGUCAAAGCCAUGCGCUAGGCCGCAGGCACUGGUGCACAAUGGCGGAGGUCCUCUCUCGGCCAAAAGGAGCCCGGGUGACCACGUUCUAUUGUAUGCUGAUGCGUCCUCGUGGGUGUUGCACCGUCGUCGAAAUUCUUUCGCCAGCAUCGCGGCACAGGCGCAAGCCGGAACUAGCACAGGGAGUACUGCGGCUGCAGUUGCUGUCGCAAUAAAGCCCGCGUCUGCAGCAGCCGCAGCGACCAUGACCUCGAGUGGGGCCUCAACUGCCACAUUAGGCGAAACAAUCGCAGAUCGUUCUGAGAGCAGGGUUGAAACUGAAACAUCAUCUGCUUCGACAACCACGUCACAGUCAACUAAAAAGAAAAAGCCACAGCAGUUCGGCUUCCAAUCGGAGCCCGGCCGUGGCGAAGAGGAUGUGUUGUUUCACAUCGAAGGCAACGUGCUCCCGGCCGCCAUCGAGCGUUUGGCGCACACUUUGGUGUUCCGCACACACAAAGAGUGGCCCACGGUGCUGGGAAUCGACGGGGUCCGCAACAUGCCCUGGACGACGGACGUCAGCCAACGGCAAGCCGCCGCGGUGCUGGUUCGGGCCAACCACAAACUGCGAAAAGUAUACUGGCUGCUCCCCUACGGGCAGAACGCAAUGCAGGAAAAGAAGCCAGCCCCGAAAAUCCCGACGGAUCUGAUGCGCAGCCCGCUGCAGCAGCAUUUGCUCGGGUACCGCUUGAACCACCUCGGACAGAAGUCGGCGCAAACCGGGUACGGCGGGAUUUCGGAACCAGGGGCGGCGUCUAUGGAUGUUGAAGAAAAAACUUCGACGAAUAUCGUGCCGGAGGAGAGCUGCAGCCAGCAAAUGAAGCAAGACCGGGAAGAACAGGAUCGAGAUCCCUAUCUCGGAACCACCUCGAGCAGCAGCAUCUGUACAACUUCCGCGGAUGAACCCUCCUCGGAAGAAGACGAUUUAACCGUUUUUACCCCGAUCCACCCGAUGUCUGCUCCGCGGUUCCGCCACAAACUCUGGAAGUGGUUUGAACGGCACACCGGCGGGGAUUUCAAGGUGGCCGAGCGCUUCGCCCGGGCCGGCUGUCGGUUGUUGGACAUCACACUCGCGGACGCAGCGGUCAAGGUGGAGCGCAUGCGGCAGCGGCCGCCGACAAAGGAAUGGCUCAAGGACGAGAGCAUGACGCCAGCGAGGUUCCAAUUUGACGCUGAGAAGAAGAAUGACAGUGAGGAAGGUCGUCCUAAGCAGCAAACAGAAGCAGCCGGGGGGCAUAAUGGUGAGAACGCGGAUGCGAAGAUGAAUUCGUGCAGCGUGGACAGUGUAUCGUCAAAGGAACAAUCGGAGCCGUCCUCUGCAUCACAAUCAGGUGGUGCCCCUGGUGGCAUAAGCACCAGCGAGGGCGACAAAGACAAGAAAAUCGAUGAUGCGGCAGAUGAGGCAAAAAUUCCUGGUGCUGCGUCAUCUGUGACCGAAAGUGAACCCAGGACCGCUGUUUCUGUCAAGCAGGAUACUGCUGAAGCCGGUACUUUGUAAGAUGAACACCUCUGGUGGUAAGUAUUUACUUUUUAUGGAUCACUUUGCUCGAUGUCGAUGAAAAUGAAGUCAAAGGUGCUUCAAUACUGUGUCCUACGUCCUCCACAUUCCCUGAUGAAACACCUACAUCAGAUGCCGACGCUGCCCCUCCGACCACAGCCGCAGAAGAAUACCUCGGCCAUGAAACAGGGGACCAACGUGCGUCCAAACCUCCGCAAGAACUUUCCCCGGAUCGGGAAAUGGCGAUUCGCUGGAUCAAGGGGCCGAUCCCGGCGAGCACCUCGUGGGCGGAUCGUGCGAAAAUUUUGAAGCAGAAACUCCGCGCAUGGCCGCACGCGAUGCAGGUGAAUUUGUGCUUUGAGUCACUGGUGCCGGAAAGCCAAAUCGGGUUCCGCCCCAUACCCUUGACCAAAACGCGGAAACAGGCAGCGAACAUGAAAGUACUACUGGGUUGAUGCUAGCGCGGUUGCGAUUUUGUACGUGAUUUGUGAAGAUGAAAUUGAAAAGUUUGUGUUUGAUUCAGGUCGUGAAUUGUAUGAUCAGAAACUACACGAAAAUCCAAUGAUUGAACGAUGAACCAGGACGCGGAGCCCCAAAUGUUUUGGGAGCUUGUGCGGGUCGAGAAUGCGCGAUUUGACUAUGACGUAGACAAGUGUCGUGUCUUCUGCCCCAGGCCAGAGGAUUUCAAAAAGGCUGCGGUGGAACUGGCAGACAGGUGGCUGACGCAACGCGCCUGGGAUAACAGCUCCGAAGACGACAACGAUAGCACAGACGCAACGAUGGUGAACGCGGACGAUAGUGGUCGUGCAAUAGAUGAAACAGAUGGCGUUGCAUCUUCACUGGCUUCAGCAUCGCAGCAACCCCCCCAGCCCAUCCUUCUCCAUUUUCCGCGAGAAAGAAAGUCUGAGUGGAUGGAAAAGUUCGUGUGCGAGGCCAACGCAAUCGUGCAGGAGAAGCUGGGCGAGAGCUUCUGCUUGCGGCCGAUGUAUCUGGAUUUUCGGCGGAACGACCUGCCAAAUCACGCGACAUAUCCGGUGGAAAAGCAUCGCAGUAGUACAAAUUGCAUAUAGUACUGCAACACUUGUGUGACACACCUCAUUUGCACACGUGCGUGGCCUGGCAUGAUUGAAGGUGCAAAAAUUUGCAUGCAGUGCUCUAAUGCGAUGCUUUUGUAUUGCAUAAGGUGAUUGACCGUGUGAAUCGGUACGAAACGGGUUACCCGGUGGACCCGACAAAGGAGAAAAUCCAUGCGACUUUCUUUGAUUUACAUCCCUUGUAAAAAGUGCUGCGCCACCGUUUUUCUUUUUCAGGUAUUUUAGGCAAUGUUUGCAGGAGAAUCUCCGAGGCGUUCUGAUGUUUGAGAAUAUAGGCGGGCUUCUGAUUCUGAACAUUUGGGGUGACCGUGGAAGCGUGUCGUCGUUCAUUCGUUGUUUGUAGCUAGUGGCUCAAUAAUGUUGCCACGAUGAUGAAAGAAACAACUACUCCUUUGGCUGCUCGGGAUGCGACCGUGCAUUAUGCAUCAGCAUCUCGGUGUGCUGUGCGAAUUGUUCUCUUUGCUCAUAAUGUGCUGUUCUUGCAGUGGCCAUUCACCAGCCCUGAGUAACCUACUAAAGUAGAUGAAAGAGCACGAGAGCAGCUUCAGAC